CUGUCCCUGUACGCUUCCGGUCGUACCACCGGUAUCGUCCUGGACUCGGGAGACGGUGUCUCUCACACCGUGCCCAUCUACGAAGGCUACGCCCUUCCUCACGCCAUCCUCCGUCUGGACUUGGCCGGUCGCGAUUUGACCGACUACCUCAUGAAGAUCCUCACCGAAAGAGGCUACAGCUUCACCACCACCGCCGAGCGAGAAAUCGUCCGUGACAUCAAAGAGAAACUUUGCUACGUCGCUCUGGACUUCGAACAGGAAAUGGCCACCGCGGCCGCCAGCACCUCCCUCGAGAAGAGCUACGAGUUGCCCGAUGGACAGGUCAUCACCAUCGGUAACGAGAGGUUCCGUUGCCCUGAGGCUCUGUUCCAACCGUCCUUCCUGGGUAUGGAAUCCUGCGGUAUCCACGAGACCGUGUACAACUCCAUCAUGAAGUGCGACGUCGACAUCCGUAAGGAUCUGUACGCCA